CAGUGCUUGCAGACAGGCAGACAGACAGGCAGACACACAGCCAGGUUGCAGCGGCUCGAGACUCUGGUGUGACGGUGAAACGUGAACGGAUCCCGGUGUGUGUGUGUGUGUGUGUGUGUGUGUGUGUGUGUGAGGGGGAGCUGGGAACAAUCCGCGCGCUCCUUCCUCUUCUUCCUCCUCCUCCUCGUGCGGACAUGGAGCUGCAGCAAGCUACGGACUGAAGAACUGAUCAGCUCGUCUGACAGGCUCGCCAUCAUGCCCCGCCCCUCACUGUUCCUCCUCUUCCUCCUGGUCCAAUCGGCCUCUCUUUCUUCCGACAACGCCAAAGAGAAUAUUCAGGAGGUGACUCUGGCAGCCAUCUUGCCUCUGACUAAUACAGACUAUGCGUGGUCGUGGCCUCGCGUGGCGCCGGCGCUCCACCAGGCGGUGCAGCAGGUGAACUCGGACCCCUCGCUGCUCCCGGGCAUGAAGCUCCAGCUGGUCUAUGGCAGCUCAGAGAACCGCGAUGGCUUCUGCUCGGACUCCAUUGCGCCACUGGUCGCCGUCGACCUCAAGCUGUCCCACGACCCCUGGGCCUUCAUCGGCCCCGGCUGCGACUACUCCUCCUCGCCCGUCGCCCGCUUCACCACCCACUGGGACGUUCCCAUGGUGACAGCUGGCGCACGCGCCAUCGGCUUCGAGCACUACGCAGCGGUCACCAACACGGGUCCCACCCACAAGAAGCUGGGCGAGUUAGGCGAGAGGAUCCAGGAGACAUUCGGCUGGCGGCAACACGCCAUGCUCAUCUUCAGCGACAACAAGGACGCCAACGACGACCGGCCAUGUUAUUUCGCUGUGGAGGGGCUCUACACGCUGCUCCUCAAACGCAACAUCACCAUCCGGGACCACGUCAUCGAGUCUGACAACGUCAACUACAAGUCUGUGGUCCAGGAGAUCCGUGACAACGGCCGAGUGGUGUACCUGUGCUGUUCCUGGGACAUCUUCAGGACUCUGUUGGUCCAGUUCUGGAGGGAGGGGGUGGAGUUGGAGGACUAUGUGUUCUUCUUCAUUGAUCUGUUUGCUGAGGGUUUGGGGGGCCGGGGCCCCAUCAGGCCGUGGUACAGAGGAGACCAGGACGACUUUGCUGCCCGUCAGGCCUUCAGGAGUGUGAAGGUCCUGUCCUACCUGGAACCUCAGAAUCCAGAAUAUCUUCAGUUUGUUGAAAGUCUGAAGAUCGACGCCAUGAAAAUGUUCAACUUCACCAUCAAAGACUCUCUGUACAACCUGAUAGCGGGGGGUUUCCAUGAUGGAGUGAUGAUGUACUCUCAGGCUCUGAAUGAGACUCUGAGCGAGCAGAGACCAGGACCAGGACCAGGACCAGGAGGGGUCCAGAGGCCCAGAGGGGACGCAGUGACCAGGAGGAUGUGGAACAGGACAUUCCAAGGAGUGAUGGGUUCGGUGGAGAUGGACGAGUUCGGGGACAGACAGAUGGACUUUGCUGUGUGGGACAUGACGGACGUCGAUUCUGGAGAGUUUCAGGUGGUGUGUGUGUAUAACAGCAGUAUGAAACAGCUGGUCAUGCAGAGUGGGUGGAGCUUCCAGUGGCCAGGUGGCUCUCCACCUGCUGACGUCCCAGAGUGCGGAUUCAAGAACGACAAACCAGCCUGCCUCGCGCGGACAGUCACCAUGCAUCAGAUGGUUGCCAUAGUGAUCUGCUUCGUCCUCGUCAUCAUCGUCACCGUGACCGUCUUCAUCUACAGGAAGUUGAAGCUGGAGAGCGAGCUGGCAGCUCAGCUGUGGAGGGUUUCCUGGGACGACGUCCAGAUAAGCAACCUGGAGAAAGUCCUCAGGAGAACCUGCAGCAGACUUACCAUGUCUCUGAAAGGAUCUCACUGCGGCUCUCUGAUGACCAUGGAGGGAAACUUCCAGAUCUACACCAAAACUGGAUAUUACAAGGGAAACCUGGCAGCCAUCAAGUAUAUCAACAAGAAACGUAUCGAACUGACCAGGAACGUGCUGUUUGAACUAAAACAUAUGCGAGAUGUUCAGAAUGAACACCUGACUCGCUUCAUCGGGAGCUGCAUCGACCCGCCGAACAUGUGCGUCAUCACAGAGUACUGUCCCAGAGGCAGCCUGCAGGACCUGAUGGAGAGCGACAGCAUCACACUGGACUGGAUGUUCAGAUACUCUCUCAUUACUGACAUCGUCAAGGGCAUGUUGUUCCUCCACAACAGCGUCAUCGUCUCCCAUGGCAACCUAAAGUCAUCCAACUGUGUGGUGGACAGUCGCUUUGUCCUGAAGAUCACCGACUAUGGUCUGCAGAGUCUGCGGACCAGCAGCUGCCCUGAGGACACUCACGCCUACUACGCACGUAAGCUGUGGAUGGCCCCCGAGCUGCUGAGGACAGAGUGCCCCCCCCCAUGUGGGACUCAGAAAGGAGACGUGUACAGCUUCGGUAUCAUCCUACAGGAAGUGGCUCUCCUGAGAGGAGUCUUCUACCUCGACACGCAGACUCUUACCCCUAAAGAGAUUGUGCAGGCGGUGGUUCAGGGCGGUGUCCCCCCACUCCGUCCCUCCCUCUGCUUCCACAGUCACAGCGAGGAGCUCGGAGUCCUGAUGCAGCGCUGCUGGACCGAAGAGCUCAGCGACAGACCAGACUUCAAUACCAUCAAGAUCCUGCUGAGGAAACAGCACCGGGGUUAUGGGUCUAACAUCCUGGACAACCUGCUGUCUCGUAUGGAGCAAUAUGCCAACAACCUGGAGGAGCUGGUGGAGGAGAGAACACAGGCGUACCACGAAGAGAAACGCAAGGCUGAGGCACUGCUGUACCAGAUACUACCACAUUCAGUAGCAGAGCAGUUGAAACGAGGAGAGACGGUUCAGGCCGAAGCGUUCGACUCCGUCACCAUUUACUUCAGUGACAUCAUCGGCUUCACUGCGCUGUCUGCAGAGAGCACGCCACUACAGGUGGUGACGCUGUUGAACGACCUGUACACCUGCUUCGAUGCCAUCAUCGAUAACUUUGAUGUUUACAAGGUGGAGACCAUCGGGGACGCCUACAUGGUGGUGUCCGGGCUGCCAGUGAAGAACGGGAGGCUCCAUGGUCGGGAGGUGGCCCGGAUGUCUCUCGCCCUGCUGGACGCCGUUAAGAGCUUCAGGAUCCGACACCGACCCAACCAGCAGCUCCGCCUCCGCAUUGGCAUACACAGUGGUCCGGUGUGUGCAGGUGUGGUUGGGCUGAAGAUGCCCAGGUACUGCCUGUUUGGAGACACAGUGAACACAGCAUCACGCAUGGAGUCCAACGGAGAGGCUCUGAAGAUCCAUGUCUCGGAGGCGACCCGUCAGGUUCUGCAGGAGUUCGGCUGCUUCCAGCUGAAGCUCAGAGGAGAGAUUGAGAUGAAGGGAAAAGGACAGAUGAGGACGUACUGGCUGCUGGGAGAGAACGACUACAACUGACAGAGGAAGAGAGGAAGAGGAGAAAGCGGAGGAGGACGAGGAAGAGGUCUGACUGCUCAUCAUUGACAGUUUUGGAUGUUUCAGGUCUAAAGGUCACAUCAGCACUGACUGCAGAUGUCAGAAACAAGCUAGUAUUAAACCCUCCUCCUCCUCUUACUCUUCUCUGAUUGGACGUUUAGCUCUUCUGGGCUUUCUGGUACAACUUCACCUCCUUCCAAUAACUUUAUUGAUCAACCAAUGCGUUUACAGCCUGUGGCCUUCAUCAGAGUCUUCAUCAAACACAAUAUUAACAUUUAAAAUAAACAAGACAUGUUGAAUACAUCAUAACAACAUUAGCUAAUGUUAGCUAGCUCAUCUAGCACUGCUGAGAGAGCUAACGUGAGCUAACAUUAGCCCUCUGUCCUAAUUGGACGCUCUGUCUGUCUGGGACGUGAUUGGGUGAUAUCUGUGGGUGUGUCCUGUGUACCUAAAUGUUAUUAAUGUGUUUGAUGAAGACUCUGAUGAAGGCCACAGGCUGUAAACACGUUUUUCAAUAAAAAGUGUUUCAGGAUUUGAACUUUGACCUUCAGGAAGUCGUACGGAGGAUCUUUCACAGACACAUGAAUGUUUCACUGUAAAAAUAAAUCAUUUGAAAUGGUGUGAAAAUAAAAAUGAACUGUGUGUUUUA